GCGCGCCGCCCCCGCCCGCCCGGCGCCAUGGUGCAGGCCUGGUACAUGGACGAGUCCGCGGAGGACCAGCGCGCGCCGCACAGGCUGCGGCCCAACCGCGCCGUCGCCGUGGAGCAGCUGCGCGAGCUCGGCGUCCGCUACCGCAAACUGGAUGCUGAUAACUAUGAGACUGAUCCACGUCUGAAAGAGAUUCGGAAAGCAGAAAAUUAUUCUUGGAUGGAUAUAAUAACUAUACAAAAAGACAAGCUUCCAAAUUACGAAGAAAAGAUAAAAACAUUUUAUGAAGAACAUUUGCACCUAGAUGAUGAAAUUCGCUACAUCUUAGAUGGAUCUGGCUAUUUUGAUGUUCGAGACAAGGAUGACAAGUGGAUCCGUAUUUUCAUGGAAAAAGGAGACAUGAUAACCCUCCCUGCUGGCAUAUAUCACCGAUUUACACUGGAUGAGAAUAAUUACGUGAAGGCAAUGCGGCUAUUUGUUGGAGAACCAGUCUGGACAGCGUACAACCGGCCAGCUGAUCAUUUUCCUGCUCGGAAACACUAUGUGAAGUUUUUGACUGAAGCAGCACACUAAUGUUUUCUGAAGCCUGAUAGGUGAAACAGCCUUAAGCUCUGUCAGAAUAAAUGUAAAUGGUGUCUUGUAUGUACUCUUAGAAUCAUAGAAUCAUAGAAAACAAUAGGUAGAAAAGUCACCUGGAAGUCAUCUAGUCCAAUCAAUUGCUCAGUGUAGGGGCAACUUUGAAGUUUGAUUAGGUUCCUCAAGGCCUUGUCUACUUAAGCUUUGAAAAUAUCCAAUGGUGGAGAUUUUACAGUUUCUCUGGGCACCUAUUUCAGUGCUUAACCACUGUCAUGGGCAAGAAUUUUUUCUUUAUGCCCAGUGUGAACUCCCUUGUUGCAACUUGUGGUUGUUGCCUCUUGCCCAUUCACUGAAUGCCUUAGAUGAGUCUGGCUCUAUGUUCUCUUCAAUCCUUUCCUCUAGUAAGAGACUCCAAUUAGAUCCCUUUUACCUGUCUUUUCUCUAGGCUAGACAAAUCAGUAUCCUCACCUGGACUGCCUCUAGUCCAGCUAAUGAAGAUGCUAAACAUUAUUAGCCCUAAUUUUGAUUAGACUGAGGAACAUUGCUCAUAACCAGAUUACAGUUAGACUUGAACCACUGACUAAUUUGAGCCUCAUGGUCCAGCAGAUUUUUACCACCUUGCAGUCUGUCUCCAAUCUCGCGAUAAGACUGCUGUGGGAGUCAGUGUUGAAAGCCUUGCUAAAAUCAAGCUAAAUGGCAUUUGCUGUUUCCCCUCUUCCACAGAGCCAGUUGUGUCUUCCUAGAUGGCGGUCAGGAUGAUCGGGCACAAUUUACCUUCAGUAAACUGAUGCUGGCUGUUCCCAGGCACCUUUUUGUAUUUCACAUGCCUGGAAUGACUUCUAUGAAAACUUGCUUCAUAAUUUUCCUGGUGACUGAAGUGAGACUGACCAGCCUGCAGUUCUUCCUUCUCACCUUUUUUGAAGAUGGAUGUAGCAUUUACCUUUUUCCAGUUACUAAGAUUUCUCCUCAUCUCUAUGACAUUUCAAAGAUGACAGCAGCCUUGCAGUUACAUUAGCCGAUUGCAUUUACACUUGCUCAGGAAUCCAUUUUCUAUCCUUUUUUUCUUGAUAUUUCUGGCAGGUAGAAUUGGGAGAGGUGGGCUACAUUAAUAUUCAUUCUGUUCUGAAUCCAUGCUAAUGAAGUAUGUGGGAUUCUGUUUUUAAUUAAAGAAAAUAAACCCUCCUUCAUUUUUGUCUAAAAAUGUUCGCAAGAUAAAUCUGCAUGAUCAGCAUUUUAGUAUGCAGCUUUCCUAGUUCUGCCCUGGUAUGCAAAACUUUGUUUUUCUUGCAGUAAAAUGAAGAAAUUUGCUCUUAUGACUUAUUAAUAAAAUUACUUUGUCUUGA